CUUGCACGCUAGGACUUGUUAGCUGGCACAUGCGUGGAGCGUUCUUCCUUGCCCAGAUUGCUCAUUCGUCACUGAAAGCUGCUGCUAUCCACUGUAUCUUGAAAUCAUGUUCAUCCCUGUUGACACACACGAUUAGCUGCAACGUCGCAUUUCCAGCUGCGAAUCCGUCAACUUAUAGCCCGCGUACUCAUCGGACAUAUCUUGUGCAUGCCCAACCACCAGCAGGCCCGGCUAAUUACGGAGCCACUGCAUAUAUCAGCAGCAGAGUGGGGUGCCUUUGAUCCUCACACCGAGGCCAGCUCCAGCUCGAUCGAUCGCCAUGACGAACGGGUACCUGUUCCGGGAGUACAUCGGCGCGCAGUUCACCGGCGUCCGGUUCUCCGACGUGCCCGUCAACACCGGCGUCAGCUUCCACUACAUCCUCGCCUUCGCCAUCGACUACACGCCGGUGGCGCAGAAGCCGACGCCGACGCCGACCAACGGCGCGUUCAGCGCGUUCUGGGACACGGCGAGCCUGUCCCGCGCCGACGUGGCCGCCAUCAAGGCCGCGCACCCGAACGUGAGCGUCAUGGUCGGCCUCGGCGGCGACAGCGUGCAGGACAUCGUCAAGGUCUCCUUCGCGCCCAACUCCGUCGACUCGUGGGUGGCCAACGCCGUGGCGUCGCUCUCGCGCCUCAUCAACGAGUACGGCCUCGACGGGGUGGACGUCGACUACGAGCGCUUCGCCACCGGGGUGAGCGUCGACACCUUCGUCGAGUGCGCCGGCCGGCUGCUCACCCAGCUCAAGGCCAGGUUCCCCAACAUCACCACCUCCAUCGCGCCGUUCGAGGACGACACCGUGCAGAGGUACUACAGGGCGCUGUGGGCAAGGUACUCCCGGGUCAUCGACUACGUCAACUUCCAGUUCUACGGCUACGGCGCCAACACCGACGUCCAGACCUACGUGAUGUUCUACGACCGGCAGACGGGCUACUACCCCGGCGCCAAGGUGCUCGCCAGCUUGCAGACCGGCAAGACCACCGAGGAGCUGGGGCUGCUCUCUCCGGACCAAGGCAUCGCCGCGGCCAAGGAGCUGCUGCGGCAGAACAAGCUGCCGGGGUUCUUCAUCUGGUCGGCGGACAGCUCCAAGCAGAGCGACUACAAGUUCACCUAUGAGACCAGGGCGCAGGAGAUCGUCGCCAACCAUUGAUCUCCAAACGGAUGGCAUACACUACUUACUAUCAAUAAGAGUUAGGCUUGCGAAGAGCCGUAGAAUAAGCGCACUUGUAAGUGCGCGCGUGCAAUCUUUAAAUCCUUCAUACGAGUGCUUGUUUGCAAAACUACUGCGUGAAAGUGGUGUGACGACGGUAAGAACAAAGUGGAUGGUUCAGGAAUGAAAUGAAGCGUCGUUUCCCAUCA